UGCAAGUUGAAUUAAUUAGCGCUUAAAUUUCCCUUCAUCAAAUUGAAGACUAGCAUGCUCCUCGUAUUUGUUCCAAAUAUUUUCUCAACGGGCCUCCUUCCUUUUCCCAUUUCCCUUCCCACGAUCACACACAAACCAGGAAGCAUUAAACCCCUUCCCUGAGAAAAUCUGGGCUACAAAUGCACUUUCUCCUCUCAGUCUAAACCAUAACGAUGUCGCCUUCUUGCUCAGAAUGGUUGCAGGCACCAAUUUACUUCACCGUCUCAGCAGUCCUGGCCUUCAUGGCAAUCUCAACAGCAGUCCAUCACACCGACGAUGCAACCCCACUAACUAAUCCCACCACCUACCGCCUCUCUUUGAACGCCUCUAGAGCUCUUAGAACAUCAGGCUUCAACAUCAUCGCCACUCUUCUCCAGGUUUCGCCUGAAAUCUUCCUGUCUUCUCCGAACUCAACAAUCUUUGCCAUCAAAGAUUCUGCCAUCUCCAACACCUCUCACCCUCCCUGGCUCUUUAAAGAUCUUCUUCAGUACCACACCUCUCCUCUCAAACUUUCCAUGAAUGACCUGCUUGAGAAGCCUCAAGGUAGUUGCUUGCCUACCCUUCUUGAUAGACAGAAGAUUGCCAUAACCAAGAUUGGUGCAAAGAAAAGACUUCUAGAGAUUAAUAACGUCCCACUGUCACAUCCUGAUAUGAUUCUUGAAGGACCCUUGUCAAUUCAUGGAGUUCUCCAGCCAUUUUCUUAUCUUAAUGCUCAAGAUUCUCUCCAAAGUUCGAAUUACAUUCAAUCACCGAUAUGUGAUUCCAAUUCUAGACUGGUUUCUGAUUCCAAGAUUAGUUUCGAAUGGAACCCAAUUAUCCGUUUGCUAAGCGCAAAUGGUUUUGUUUCAUUUGCAAUUGGAUUGCAUUCUGUUCUUGAUGGGAUUCUCGAAGAUCACAUGAACCUAAAUUCGACAACAAUCUUUGCUCCGCUAGAGUUCUCUUUUGUAACAUCUCCUUCUCCAUUGCUAGAUAGAAUUGUGAGAUUUCAUAUACUCCCCCAAAGAUUUACUUUCAAAGAACUUGCUUCUUUGCCUGAGAAAACAUUAUUGAGAACUUUGGUUACCCAUCAAGAUCUUGAAAUCACUGGAGGGGUCAACUCUACCCAAGGAUUAUGUGUCAAUAGAGAGCAAAUCAUUGCACCUGACAUCUUUUCGUCCAAAAAGUUUGUGAUUCAUGGAAUUUCUCAAGCUUUAGGAGAUGGCAGGGCUUCCUAAUACAUCAAGAUUGCAGAGUCUCACAUUACUAAGAGCUGGUUAAUGACCUAGCAAUGUAAGCAAUUGUGUUAGUAUAGAUUGUUAACUUUUCUCUGUUCCUAUAGGAUGUCCCGGAUAGAAUAGUUUCUAAGUGUUCUCAUUCUGUAGAUUGUAAGUGUUUCCCUUUGUAUAGUUUAUGUCACCUGUCUUUUUCCUCAGCUCUGAUAUAUUUACUUCAUUUGUUACGA